UGCAUACGUUGUCUGUAUACUGUUAAUUUUCCUAUAACUUUGAUUUUUAGAGAAUGGUUUAUCCCGAAAAGUUAAUAUUAGACCAAGUAAUUGGAAAAACCUCUGCUCAUUCAAUGUCUUCUUGGUGCAGUGAACCUUUGGAAAGCAAUAGCAAUAAUAUCGAUGUUACUGUUGGCUCGUCGAACAACUCUAAUAACUACAAUAAUUAUAAUAAGCAAGAUGGAAUUACUUCUUCGUCGAAUACGAAUUCAAGCAGUUCUUCUUCUCAAACGUCUGCCAAUCGGCAAUUCAUUCAAGACAGAAUUAGACAUCUCGUAGACGCCUUCUCAACAAGGGCUCAAGCUGCCAGGGAACGGAUCGAAACCCCUGCGACCCCGUCGUCGAUAAGCAGCCGGGAAACAGUAGAACCGACCCCUAUUCCUCUGAAACCUAAGCUGAGCAUCUCAUUUUCCGACAAAUAUAUCGAAGAGGUGCCCCAGACAAAGCUAGAAAAAGCCUCGUUCCUUACGACAUUCCUAGAUAGGAAGAUAAUCGACCCCAAUGGCAAAAUUUAUGUGACGUGGAUGUCAGUAGCUGCCAUGGCCGUGUUGUACAAUGCCUGGGUUAUUCCACUUAGAAGCACGUUUCCCUACCAAACGGUGGACAGUAGGCCUAUAUGGAUGACCUUUGAUUAUUUGGCGGAUUUGGUAUAUCUUAUCGAUAUGGUUUUGGUCCAACCGAGGGUGAAAUAUGUGAACGAGGGGUUCUGGGUUACUGAUAUAAAACUACUGAGGCAGAAUUAUAUUAAACAUAAGCAUUUUAAGCUGGAUUUAUUAUCUCUCUUGCCGUUAGAUUUGUUCUACUUUAUUAUGGGCCCAGAAUUUGUAAUAUUGCGGUUUCCGAGGUUCUUCAAAAUGCACACGUUCUGGGAAUUCUUUUGUUUCGUGGAUAAGCUUUUGGCGAAUCCCUACAUAAUAAGGAUAACAAGGACCCUCCUUUACAUGAUGUACUUGAUUCACUUGAACGCUUGUGCAUACUAUGCUUUCUCUGCUUGGGAAGGAAUUGGAAGCAAUAACUUCGUUUUCAACGGAAAAGGAAACGCGUACAUAAAAUGUUUUUAUUUUGCAACUAAAACAGCUACCUCGAUUGGUAAAAAUCCCAAGCCUACUCAGGAGAUAGAGUACAUGUUCAUGACCUUUUCGUGGUUGAUGGGAGUAUUCGUUUUCGCGUUACUGAUAGGACAGAUUAGGGAUAUCAUUUCAACUGCGACUAGAUCGAAGACCGAGUAUAGAAAACUAGUAGAUGAAACAUUGGAGUAUAUGAGAAGACUGAAUUUACCACAGGAUAUGCAGAGAAGAGUUCAGCUUUGGUUCAAUUAUACUUGGGAAACUCAACAUACUCUAGAUGAGAAUACAAUAAUGGACUGCUUGCCGCACAAAAUGAAAACCGACAUAGCAAUUAAUGUACAUAUCCAGACUCUUAGCAAAGUAAAACUCUUUGCGGACUGCGACGAAGCCCUCUUGAGGGAAUUGGUGCUGCAACUGAAAUCGGUUAUUUAUCUUCCAGGGGAUAUCGUAUGCAAAAAGGGCGAUGUUGGGAAAGAGAUGUACAUCAUACAAUCAGGAAAAGUGCAGGUUAUAGGGCGUACUGAAAUCGAAGUUCUUGCAACACUAUCCGAAGGAUCCGUUUUUGGAGAAAUUAGUUUAUUAGGAAUUCCUGGAAUGAAUAGAAGAACUGCGGAUGUCAGAUCACAAGGAUACUCAAAUCUGUUCGUGUUGAGUAAAGCUGACCUCAACGCUGCUCUAUCUCAUUAUCCUGAAGCUCAAGACUUGCUCAACAAGAAAGCCAAAAUGCUCAUGAAGAAGAACGCAGCUUUAGAGAGAAAGCACAAUGCGAUGAUUAUAAUAAACAAUCCUUCUUCUCCCGAGAAGCAAGCCAAGCUUCUCGAAACUGUUUUACAAGUUCUACCCCAGGACUCGAAAACGAAUAAACUGUUGAGGUUUGGCAGUAGGGGAAAGCCGAGGUCCAACCCAGAAAACGAUAAGUUUAAAUACAGGAAUAGUUUGCCUAUCAUAAGGAAUUAUGGUAGUAUCGACCAAACGGUUCAGGCUAAAGUCACCGUCCACAGGACAUUGAGCUAAUUUUGUUAGAAAUAUAGAUAAAUAUGUUUCACAAUG